AUGUCCUCCAUCCUGCCGUUCACCCCUCCCAUCGUCGAGCGGCUGCUGGGCUGGAAGAAAGGGGAGCAGAACGGGCAGGAGGAGAAAUGGUGCGAGAAGGCGGUGAAGAGCCUGGUGAAGAAGCUGAAGAAGACGGGGCAGCUGGACGAGCUGGAGAAGGCGAUCACCACGCAGAACAUCAACACCAAGUGCAUCACCAUCCCCAGAUCGCUAGACGGCCGGCUGCAAGUGUCUCACCGGAAAGGUCUUCCCCACGUCAUCUACUGCCGGCUGUGGCGGUGGCCCGACCUCCAUAGCCACCAUGAGCUGCGUGCCAUGGAGAUGUGCGAGUACGCCUUUAACAUGAAGAAGGAUGAAGUCUGCGUGAAUCCUUACCAUUACCAAAGAGUGGAAACCCCAGUGUUACCUCCAGUGCUGGUGCCUCGGCACACAGAGAUCCCAGCUGAGUUCCCGCCGUUAGACGAUUAUAGUCAUUCUAUUCCAGAGAACACUAACUUCCCAGCAGGUAUCGAGCCACAGAGCAACUACAUUCCAGAGACACCUCCUCCAGGCUAUUUGAGUGAGGAUGGCGAAACUAGUGACCACCAGAUGAACCCCAGCAUGGAUGCAGGUUCUCCAAACUUAUCACCGAACCCUAUGUCUCCAGCACACAAUAAUCUGGAUCUGCAGCCUGUCACCUACUGCGAGCCAGCUUUCUGGUGCUCGAUAUCCUACUAUGAACUCAACCAGCGAGUAGGAGAGACUUUCCACGCCUCACAGCCCUCUAUGACCGUGGAUGGUUUCACUGACCCAUCUAAUUCGGAACGCUUCUGCCUUGGUUUACUGUCCAACGUGAACAGAAACGCGGCGGUGGAACUCACAAGACGGCACAUUGGAAGAGGAGUAAGACUCUACUACAUUGGCGGCGAGGUGUUUGCCGAGUGCCUCAGCGACAGCGCCAUUUUUGUCCAGUCUCCCAACUGCAACCAACGCUACGGCUGGCACCCAGCAACAGUUUGCAAGAUUCCCCCAGGAUGCAACCUGAAGAUUUUUAACAACCAGGAAUUCGCCGCUCUCUUGGCGCAGUCUGUGAAUCAGGGCUUCGAAGCUGUCUAUCAGCUGACCAGAAUGUGCACCAUUCGAAUGAGCUUUGUCAAGGGAUGGGGAGCGGAAUACAGGCGGCAGACUGUGACCAGUACUCCCUGCUGGAUCGAGCUGCAUCUCAACGGCCCGCUGCAGUGGCUAGACAAGGUCCUCACGCAGAUGGGCUCCCCCAGCAUUCGCGUUUCCAGCGUCUCCUAAGGAAGCAGCUCCCGCGGGUGGUGGGGGGGGAAAGACUCUGAAAAACAGAAUUGGCUUAACCCUUAGCAAAAUGCAUAGUAAACAAAUUCCCAGUUAUUGAAGUGAUGAGAGAAAACAAUCUGCUUUUUGUUUAAAAAAAAAAAAGGUGGGUUUUCUUUGGUUUGUUUUGUUUUUUAAACUGAAUACCCAUGUAAGCCACUUCCACUGAAACU